AUGAAAGACAUCGAAUCGAUGAGCAGACAACGAGAGCCAUCGCGUACCCAGCGUUACACACUAUGGAUUCUACUCGGAAUUUUCAAUUAUGGACGUUUUCUCGAUAUCAUUAACUGCCGGUGGGAUGCCCGGCAAAUGCAAUUGCUUCCGGUUAACAAGUUCUACAAGACGGCAACUUCUAUAUUCCGAGUGUUUAUUGUCAUUGUCUAUUGGGAUGUCGUGCCGGAUGUAUUGAACAGCUUCCUGAACAAACCGAAAGGAUUCGUGAAUUUGUUUUCCAUGUUCCAAGUCACGUCGGUGGUGGUAUUCAGCGUGGGUUUGUUUCUUAUGAAGGUGCGGGACAGCUUUAAGAUCAUGCAAUUGAUCAAUAGAUUCGUCAAACUGAAUGUGAGAGUGGCUGAACUGUCGCAUCACAGAUUUACCCUUUGCAAGAAGUCUAUAAGUCUGUUCGUUUUGAAGACGGUCAUAACUCUGCUGGGUUACAUCAACGAGAUGCCCCACAUUUUGGAAGUGCAGGGCCUGAACAUAAACUCGUCGGUCAAUAUUGUCAUUGGCGUUUACUUAUGGCUGGGCUCGAUGUAUGUUUUGGAUGCUUGCUAUUUGGGCUUCCUCAUGUUGGCUCUUAUGUACCGAAAUCUGGGGAACCAUUUGCAGGUCAUGUUGAAUAGUAUGCAGCACAUCGAAGGCGGCAGCCACGUGGGGGGUACCCUAACCACAUACAAUCGCAUGAAGCAGUUAUGUGAUUAUUCUGAGAAAUUGGACAACUUGGGCUCCGUAUACACACACCUGUAUCAAAUCACAAAGGACUUCGUGAAUAUUUUCCAAUGGAACAUCCUUUACUACAUCUACUACAACUUUAUGGUAAUUUUUCUGCUGCUCAAUCACUGCAUUUGGCAGUACAUCCGCAGCAAUUUCAUAGACUUUACAGAAAUCAUGUUCGUCUUUGUGAAAAUCGCCAACCUGGUUCUGAUGAUAAUGUGCGCCAACGACACCGUCGACAAGUCAGAAAUGGUCAACCAGUUGAAUUUGGAUAUAGUCUGUUCGGACAUCGAUGCCAGGUGGGACACAAGUGUGGAAUCGUUCCUUAGUCAGCGUAAAGUGGAGAAUCUUGAGAUCAAAGUGUUUGGCUUUUUUACCCUGAAUAAUGAGUUUAUUCUGAUGAUGCUAUCGGCAAUUAUCACGUAUCUCUUUUUCAUCAUACAGUUCGGAAUGAGUGGUGGCUUUGGUACAUCGUCCAUAGCUGAUUGA